AUGAAUUUAGAACAGAAAGACAUUGUUGUCAAUGAUAUUAAUUUUUCUUCAUAUGGUAAGGAUGAAGACCAGCAACAGGAUGCAAAAACUGCGGAAGGGGACUCUGAACAAACGGAAUACAAAACAGUGCCGAGUAGCAUAACUCACAAAUUCAAACCAAAGAAAAGAAGAAUGGGAAAUUUGAUUUUGAAAUCUAACUGCUUGGUUACGGAUGAAAAUCAAGACGGAAAUGCUAGGGGAAGUGAUGCAGAAUACGAAUAUACUAAUAGGACGAUUGGGAAAACCGUUUCGGGGAUACUAUCUAAGUUCUUUCAUAGCAGGCGACCAGAUUCAUUUGGAGAAACUUCAGAAGAGCCAGGUAACCCAGAAUAUCCAAAUUUGAGGCUGCAUGAUGAUUUAGGCGAGAGCAAAACCACAAGAAAUAAGUUGUCUAGAGUUUUCGAGACAUAUCGAAAAAGAAAUGGCUUACAAGGACAACCCAAAGAUGAAGGAUAUUAUAAGAGUAACUCUGAGGGCGAAAAAAGUUUUAAUCGGUUCUUAAAAUUGGAGCAGGCAUUGGAUGCAAAAAGGGAUGAGAAGAAUCUGAGAUCAAUGAAUGACGAAACUGAGAGAGUUUCAUAUACCAGCAAAGAUUUAUCACUAGGCAGUACAGUGCUAAAUAAUUCACAAGAGAUAUAUACAGAAAAUGGCUCUUUUGUCCAUCCCGGGUCGAAAGGUAAAAUCGAUACCAAAUUUAUAAUAAAUGACUCCCCUAAAACAGAAUCAGCCGCGUUAGAAAACACUGUCUUCUCUCCCAAUAGUCAUAGGCCAUCAUUAAGGGAUAUACCAGGAAUAGAGAACAUUGAGGUAUCAACUUCCGACCAAAAUACUUGGAAACAAUCUUAUAGUACAUUUAGAAUGGCAUUUAAAAUAAAACCAGUUAAAAAUAUAUUGAAUGACAAGUCCUUAAAACCCCAAAAUUCCCAAUUCAAGAGUUUAGACGAUGAAAUAGAUUCUCAUUUAUACUACCAAUCUCGAACAAAUUUACUAUCUAAAUGCUUUCCGAACAAAAAUCAUAUCAACCAGAACAGUAAGAGAGAAAGUCAAAACGAAAACAUCGAUUUUGCACCCGAAAUGGAAGAACCCGAUAAGCUAAUACCCUCUAUUCCAACAUCCCCCAAUAGCUUAUCAGACAACUUUACCGCAAUUAAGGGAAUUUUACAGCAAAAGUAUAAAUCCAGCUUUUCCAGAGAUAAAAGUAAAAGGCAGAAUCUUAGUGUUAAAUUUGUCUCACCUACUUUGUCACCGAUAGAAAUGACAAAUAAUGAAAUGAACGAUAAUGGUCAUAAUAAUACCGAGAUUAUUUCUCAAACUACAAGUUGA